UCACACAAGCAGAAGAGCUUUUGGGUGACAGAACUUGAGACGUGUGCGAUUGUCGUCAUUGCUUGGCUCGCAAGCACUCGCAGCAACGGGCAGACUUCGCAACUACACUGAAUUCAACCACAAUGACUAACCUGCGCAAAUCUUGUGUAGAGUCCUGCAUGUGUCGGUAAAUUCGCUUGACGCCUACACUCUAAACUUGCCCGCCAGAGGCUGCUACAUCACCAGGAGAUCGGAGGUUGGCGCGAGUCAUGUUCGUUCUCCGAAGCGUGAUGCAUUGACCGUGCACGCGUCCUCGCGACAUCCGGAGCUCGAAUUCCUAACAGUGACGAAAUGCGCUCCGAUCCAAAUGUCACUACUUAAGCAUGCAAAGCAAUACAUAGCCAAUCAGUCGAAGUACGCACAUCUCAAUGCCUUCAUAUCACUAGUCGACUCGACCAAACUGCUCCCUCGAGCCGAGACGCCCUCGAGCGAUGACCCGCACAAUGUCAGAGACAAACCAAUAGCCUUGAAGGACAACAUCUGUACGAAAGACUUUAAGACCACAGCGUCUUCUGGCAUCCUUAGGGACUUUGUGAGUCCGUACGAUGCGACGGUCGUAACGCUUCUGCAGGGUGCGGGCGCGGUGGUCGCAGGAAAGACGAACAUGGAUGAGUUUGGCAUGGGCUCGCACUCCACACACUCACCUACUGGGCCCGUGAAGAUGCAGAGACAUAGCAACGAGGAGGUUAAGAGUGCUGGAGGUAGUUCGGGAGGAAGUGCGCUCGCUGUUGCUAGUGCGCAGUGCUGGGCAGCUCUAGGCACAGAUACUGGCGGCUCUGUCAGGUUGCCGGCUGCGUAUACAGGUGUUGUGGGCUUCAAGCCCAGCUAUGGACUGGUCUCGAGAUGGGGUGUCAUCGCAUACGCAAACUCCCUUGACACUGUCGGUAUCUUGGGCAAGAGUGUUGGCGAUGUUGAAGCCGUCUUCGACAAACUGAACGCCUACGACUCCCGAGAUCCCACGUCACUCCCCACUUCGACUCGAGCCCAGCUUGGGAACAACAAUACGAAAUCGCCGUCGUUACGAAUCGGUAUCCCCCUAGAUUACAACAUCGCUACACUACAGCCAGCUGUUCGUCAGGCAUGGACAUGCACGCUAAAGUCCUUGUGGGAACAAGGUCAUAGCCUACAUCCUGUGCGUCUGCCAUCAACACAGCACGCGUUGUCGGCAUAUUACAUUCUUGCGCCAGCAGAAGCUUCAAGCAACCUGGCCAAGUACGACGGUGUUCGUUAUGGGAGCAGAGCAGAUGGCAUUGACGGGACACCCGAGAGUGUACUUUUCGCUAAGACAAGAGGGCAAGGGUUCGGCUCUGAAGUACAACGACGUGUUCUACUGGGAGCUUUCACGCUCAGUGCAGAAGCCAUGGACAACUACUUCAUCCAAGCACAGAAAAUACGUAGACUGGUUCAAGAAGAAUUCAACGGGGUCUUCUCAAGGCCGAAUCCCCUCAACAGCGAGACUUGUCAGUCAGCCGAGGAUAUCGAGAAGGUGGACGUCAUAAUAUCCCCUACGGCCCCAACGCUUGCACCAUCGUUAGCAAGCGUCAAGAACCAAGACCCCAUCUCGGCGUAUAUGAACGACAUCUUCACAGUACCAGCCAGUCUUGCUGGUCUACCAGCUAUCAGCGUUCCUGUCCGAACAACGCCUGAGACACAAAAUGCUCAACAGCAGGACCAUGCUACGCACGAGAGUGCUGGGAUCCAGGUGAUCGGCCAAUACGGCGAUGACAAACUAGUUCUUCGUGUUGCAGAUGCCGUUGCAAAAGCCGCGCCGACGAAACAGGCACACGCUGGACCGACCGUAACCUCUUGGGGUGCCAGCACACUCCAGGAUAGCUGAGCGAGGAGAUGUACAGUACGAAAGUGUAUACCUAAAUUACUUCACGACGAAGUUGUACAACAUACACACGAUCAGCCAGUUUCACAAGCCAAACACGAUGCUCGUGUUCCUCUUUCCAACGCGGAACCUAUCUCUUAUCUAACUCUAUUCACUC